CGCCCGGUCAACGCCUUCAUGCUGUACCGCAUGUGCUACAUGCCGCGCAUCGAGGAGUUCUGCCGCCGGCGUGCCGACCGCAGCCGAAAAAACAACGCCCACAUCUCCAGCAUCGCGGGCGCCAGCUGGCGCCAGGAGCCCCAGGACCUGCGCGACAGGUUCGCCGCGUGGGCCGAGCAGGACAAGGAGGGCCACCGCCGCGCCUUUCCCGGCUGGAAAUACUGCCCCCGUCAG